CUCCCGCCGAAGAACUGCCUCCUCAGGGCGCAGCGGCUUUGCCACCAGAGCCGGACGACGCAGCGUCAGAGGCGGCAUCGGGCUCCGAGGAGCGCGGCGACGAGAUUGGUUCCGAGCUCGGCGUAAAACAGGAUGAGCUUGAGAGUGCCAAGCGUGAGCUUGAGGAGGAAGAGGCUCCACCGCAGGGCGCGGUAGCCAAGGUUGAGAAUGAGGAGCGCUCGCCCGAGGCGGCAGCGCCGCAGGCGGAGGAGGAGGAGGCAGCUCAGGACGAUCCGCCAGCAGGCGCUCCCCAGGUAGGGGAGUUCGUGGAUGUGCAUGGCAUCGGGCAUAGCAUCGUGCGUUGCAACCGCUGCUGUCGCACGGCAAAGGAGUGCAACUACAGGAUCAAGGCGAAGGGCCAGUCGACUUACCAGUGCGACGCGUGCAACACGAACGGGGUGCGCCUUUCUCGGAGGUUCGGACAGUGGCCGCCAAAGUGUUUCGCCAAAAUGAAGAGUGAGUUCAAGCAGCAGUUCUACAAGGAUCUGGCAGAAGAUCCUGGGCUGUCGAACCUCGAUCGCAUUGAAGCCUUCGUGGUCAGCUCAAUCACUGUCCAACGGAUGGAGGAGGAGCGCGUCCGCAAGGGUGGCAAGUACCUUCCGCUGAGGAAGUGGGCGCACGACGGCUUCGACGCGAAAAAGAUUGAAGAUAAUGUGCAGGAUAAGAGGUGGAACCCUGAUCUCGGGGAGUGGACGUACAGGCCGCAAUUGGAGGCGGCCUGGAGCGAGACAGUGGAGGCCGCAGUGCGCAACGAGCUGUACACCGAUAAGAGGACGCAGGCGAAGCAGAGCGGCCCGCGGGCAGCGGCCUCGACGGGCGUCGCAGAGCACGGCGGCGACAAGGGCGACAGAAGCGACGAGAGCGACAUGUCCAGAUCCAGGAGCCGCUCGCGCGGCGACCGCGACAGGAGCAAGAGCCGCCGCAAGGGCAGGAGCACUAGCCGCGGCAAGAGCAAGGACAGGAGCAAGAGCAGGGAUAAGGACGCUGAGAAGGAGCGGAGGCGACAGGAAGCGAGGGAGAAGGCCGAGCAGGCCAAGAAGGAGACGCAGGAGAAAAACCUGGCGCUGAAGUGGAUCGGCACCGCAACGAGGCUCGAGACAGAGCUGGACGGGUACCUCGAGCAUGAGAAGGCGGACAAGGUGCCGUCAUGGGCUGUGAAGAACGCGAAGGCGGCGAGGAAGUCUGUGGCAGUCAUGAAGGCGGUGGCGCAGAAGCGCGUGCACAGCGGCGUGGCGUUGACGAUCACGCAGGACGAGGCCAUCAGCAUCCAGAAGGAUGCGAGCUCGGCGGCGAGGGCCAUCGCGGGGAUGCUCAAGGAGGCGCAGAAGCACAGCACCUGA